AUGUCUGCCCUUCGAGUGGCUGCGCGCCGCUUCCCUCGCGCGGGCAAGCUGGUCUCUGCCGUUGAGUCACCGCUCCAGCGACGAUUUGCGUCAAACGCAUCCCAGGAUGUGAAGGCUCGGACACAGAAGGAGGCUACUCUACCCAACCCCGACCCCUCGCCGGAUUCGCUCACCAUGUCCUUCAUCAACGAACGAGCGCCGUACAUGGUUCCGACCUACGUUCGCCCGGCUCCCAUGAUGAUGAAGGGCCAGGGAUGCUACCUGUGGGAUAUGGAGAACCGGCGGUAUCUGGAUUUCACGGCCGGAAUUGCGGUCAACUCUUUGGGUCACUGCGACGCGGAGGUCGCCCAGAUCGUGGCGGAACAGGCGGAGACCCUCAUCCAUGCCUCGAAUCUCUACCACAACCCUUGGACCGGUGCGCUCAGCCAGUCGUUGAUCGAUCUGACUCACAAGUCCGGUGCCAUGCGCGAUGCGGCGCAAGUGUUUAUCUCCAACUCGGGAACCGAAGCCAACGAAGCUGCCAUCAAAUUCGCCCGCAAGGUCGGUCGCUCUCUGGACCCCUCGGGCGCCAAGCACGAGCUCGUCUCGUUCCACAACUCAUUCCAUGGCCGCACGAUGGGCGCGCUGUCGGCCACGCCCAACCCCAAAUACCAGACCCCGUUUGCGCCGAUGAUCCCGGGCUGCAAGUACGGCAACUACAAUGAUAUCGAGCAGCUGCAGACACUGGUCACUGAAAACACCUGUGGUGUGAUCGUCGAGCCUAUCCAGGGCGAGGGUGGUGUCAACGUCGCCACGCCCGAGUUCCUGGCUGCUCUGCGCAAGCGCUGUGACGAGGUCGGGGCCGUCUUGGUCUUUGACGAGAUCCAGUGUGGCCUGUCCCGCACCGGCACCUUCUGGGCUCAUGGACAUCCCUCUCUGGCCCCGGCGUCCGGCGAGGCUGCCCACCCCGAUAUCCUGACUACCGCCAAGGCGUUGGGCAAUGGCAUCCCCAUUGGCGCAACGAUUGUGUCUGGCAAGACUGUCGCCUCGCACAUCAAGACAGGCGACCACGGCACGACCUUUGGCGGCAACCCGCUGGCCUGCCGUGUUGCUCACCACAUCGUUGAGCGUCUCGCCUCGCCGGAGCUCCAGGAGUCAGUCAAGGCCAAGUCUGCUCAGUUCGUCUCUGGAUUUGAGGCGCUGCAGAAGAAGUUCCCCGGAGUCAUCUCCGAGGUGCGUGGUCGCGGCCUGAUCCUUGGCGUUCAGCUCGGCCCUGAAUUCACCUCGAAGGCCGGCGACCUGAUCACCGCAGCUCGUGAGCGAGGUCUGCUCAUCAUCACGGCUGGUGAUGGCUGCCUCCGCUUUGUUCCUCCGUUGACUAUCACCGAGGACCAGAUCCAGUCGGGCAUGAAGAUCCUGGAGCAGGCCUUCCAGUCGGUUUUCCAGCCAUAG